UUUGCAAAAUGUACAAGUUUGGUAUCGUUUUAUUAUCGGCGAUUCUCUUCGCUUUUGUCUUGGCUCGUCCUGCUGAGGAAAAAUCGGCUGCGUCUCCUGCCAUUACGACAACAACAACACCUGCAACAAUAAUCAGUCAAAUCGAUUUUGCCAAUCCAGAUGGCAGCUAUAAUAGCAGUUACGAAACAUCCAAUGGCAUCAAGGUUGAAAACGCUGGUUACUUGAAGAGAAUUCUUGUGCCAAAACAGGAAUCCACCGAUGGUCAAGUGAUUGAUGAGCACGAAGAGUUGGUGUUAGUGCAGACAGGCUUAUACUCCUACCCGGAUCCGGAAGGAAACCUCAUCACCCUGCGCUACGUGGCCGAUGAGAAUGGCUUCCAGCCAGAAGGUGAACACUUGCCAUUACCGCCUGCAUAAAACCAGGAAGUAUCUGCAUAAAAAACUUAAAUGAAUGAGUUCAUUAUUUGCUGCAAAAUAUAAGUAAAUAAAAAGCUCAAAGAAAAGAGAAAUGAAAAACCGAUUAAGUUGUAAGCGCUAAGUAUUACAUUUAACUAAGUUAAUAAGUUGCGAAAUGGUUAAUAAACCAUAAGUCAAUAGUUGUAUAAAUUUAAGUAAUUAAAAAACGACAAUACUGCCAUUUAAUGAUAAAUAAAAAUAAAUGAAAACAAAAUAAUACAUGAGCGUGUGUUGCACUGUGAACUUUAAUUAUGAAUAUGUCUCACUUGGCAGAGCAAUAUGUAAAUAAACUUGGAUCAAGAACGAUCAACUUUAUGUAAUUUACAAAUGUCCAAAUUAGCAAACAUACUUACAUACAUAUGUGCAUACAUAUCGUUUGUAAAAUUUUAUAUUAUUAACAAAUAUGUAGAGUUUAUAAAAUAAUAUUUUAAAUAGCAUUUAACUCGAAUGUAUAAAUAGUUGUAUAAAAUGACUAAUAAUAAAAUAUAAA